GCGCUCGGAAUUUCUGAAAAAACCAUGCGGGCGGCGCUAAAUAAAUUAAAUGAUGAAGGGAUAGUACGUCCUGAUGCACGUGGUGGUCGACACGCCAGUUUGCGUGAAAAAGAUAGCGCUACUCGGUCUGCUGUAUUAGCCCAUAUUCAACUAUUUCCUCGGAUGGAAUCACACUUUUGCAGACAGUCCACCACCAGAGAGUAUUUGCACCCAGAUCUGACUAUUAAGAAAAUGUAUUAUUUUUACGUGCAAGAGGGACGUCAGCCACAGUGUAGUUAUCACACCUAUCGAAGGGUAUUCAAGUCAUUGAAUCUUUCUUUCCAUCACCCAAAGAAAGACCAGUGUAACCUUUGUUCGUCCUAUAAAGAAGGCAGCACGGAAACGAAGGCCAAACUCGAAGAUUCUUUUGCUGCACACAUUGCAGAGAAGGACUCUGUGCGAAAGAAGAAAAAAGAUGCUAAAGAAUCAUCACAAGAAAACCCUGAAAUAAUGGAAAUAAAAGAAAAGGUAGAAGCCGAAUUAGGAGUUAAAUAUAAUGAAGGACAGAUUUGGAAGAAGAUUCAAAACAUAAAAACCAGAUUAAAAGCGAAGACAGACAGAAAUCAAACCGGAAAUAAACCAAUAAAAUUGAAAGGAUGGGAGCAAGAACUGUUGAAUUUUCUACAAAAAAGCGUUGAUUACACUCCAACAGCCUGUGCUGAAGAAGAAACAAUCACCGAAGAAGCAUCUGGAAGUUCAGGACCAGUACUGGAAGCUACCAUAAUGAAAGCCGGGCCCAGUAAGGAGCCUUCUAAAAAAAACGAAAACGAGGAUUAG